AGCUACUCACACAUGGUAGAAAAAGUUUACUCCUGUUCUUGUUUCCCCCCUUUUACUCAGUCAAGAAGAAAUUUCUUGUGGUCGUAAUUCCCCAUCUACAUACAACUUUCAACAAUCUACGAUAAGACUGUCUUCUUACAGAUAGACACACAAAUUAUAAGAGAAACUACAAGGCACAAACUCAAAUUGUCUUCCUACAACACUUCUCAUACAAACUGUUUUCUUCCCCUACAAAAGAUCAGUUUGCUCAUUUUGCUUUUUGCGGUUCUCCCUUAUUGUUCUGUUGUUGAGUAUCUUCACAUCUAAGCUACGACAUAACGAAGUAGACCACUUCCUGUCCUUCUAGAACCAACCUACAUAGAGAUGUCAGAUCCGGCAGAACAAGCGGCUCCACCUGCUGCAGAUGCGCCAAGUGCGCCAAAUGCAGAUGCGCCAAGUGCGCCAGAUGCGCCAGAUGAUGCAGCAAAUGCAGCGAAAAAACCGAGCACAGCACUGUUGAAGAACACUCCGGAACAAGAUGCCCAAGUCGCCGCUGAUCUUGGCAACAUGGCACCGUCAAAGAAGUCUGAAGCUCCUCCAGAGGCUCCUCCCGCAAAGAAGUCUGAAGCUCCUCCAGCGGCUCCUCCCGCGAAGAAGUCUGAAGCUCCUCCAGCGGCUCCUCCAGCAAAGAAGUCGGCUCCAUUUAUGACUCCCGGAAAAAUCCCAUUUUGAGAAGCAUCUUGGGCCUCCCGUGUAAGGGGGAAGCGGGUCCCAGAUGCUUUUCAAAGUGGGAGACUCCAGGGCUGUCUAAUCCACCUGCCGCAGCAGCUCCGAAAGAAGCAGCUCCGAAAGAAGCAGCUCCGAAAGAAGCAGCUCCGAAAGAAGCAGCUCCGAAAGAAACAGCUCCGAAAGAAGCAGCUCCGAAAGAAGCAGCUGCGAAAAAACCGAUGAGCGCUGACAGCUUGUUUAAGCCUACCAAGGACGCCUUCAAUGAAGAAUGGAUGGAAUAUUUCAAGUCAUCCAAGCUACCAGAGGCUUUGCCUAUCAAGUUUGGUACUAUCAACAGCUACAAAACACAUAAGUACUACUACCUCGGUUAGCUUUCCCUCUAAAUUCUUUGGGUUUUCCCUACUGGCAAGUCAAUUUCAAUGCCCGUCUCAUCACAACAAUUGUGCUCAGGCACUAGAAGAUCCAAUAGGAUGUGGUUAUAGUCAACCAUUGCGUUGCUGCUGCAAAUUUAGAUGGACUAUAGUGCUUUUACCUAUCUUCUUGCCCUUAUUCGUGCUCUUAUAUAUGUUCCAGGGCGCGGGGCGACGCCCCCCCCCUAGCGGGUGGGGCGGGCGCCCUGGACCCCUUUUCAAGGCUUCUGCCGGCAGGGGGAAGGCCUCAAAAGGGGGCCCAGUGACCUCCCCCCUCCGCUUCCUUCCAGCUGCCUGGGUGUUCCCCAGGGGCCUCCGAUGGUGGUGGGAGGCUUCAAUAGGGGCCCAAGGGACCGCCUGCGCCCCCGUCCGGGUGCCUGCUUGUGCCCUAAGUGCAUCUGUUAGGCUUCGCCGCCGCGGCCGUGCCGCCUGUACCCUCCGGGCCCUUGGUCACCGGCUUGCUCCCUCUUGCGACCGUGGCCGCCUUCGGCGGCCUUUCACCCCGGAGACCUCCCGCCUGCGAGGGUCAGCAGAGGCCAGGAGGCCCCUCAGGAAUACGCCGAGAGGCCCAAGGGGAGGCCCGCGCCAAGUUUUGACGCCUUCCGCCACUAGAAUCCGCGAAAAAUCCGCGCGGAAAAGCGCGCGCGCGCGCCACCAGAGACCCGAUCACAGGGGGGGAGGGGGGGCCGGCUGGCCCUGCGUCAUUUAUUAGGUAGUAAAGUAGUAGGACACCAUGAUGAUACGGGCCUAGCGACGCUCCUCAAAGGGAAAGGAGUAAAGAAAAUAUUUAGCCAUCAGAGCCAUUUAUUUAUUAAAUCAUUUUAAUUUGUUUUCUCCCUGGGCAGGACGAGGUAUGUAGGCACAAGAUCAACAAGAUCGUCGUUCGGUGAUUCAAUCAUCACAGAACGACGAAAUCACCGGACGACGAUCUUGUUGAUCUUGUGCCUACAAGGUAGCACAUUCAUUUAAAUCAUUCAUUUAUGCGGGUUCAUUCAUUUCGAACCUUCAUCAUAAAAGAACUGAUGUCGACUGUAAAAAAGCUACGCUGUCUAUUCUCUUAACCAGCUGCUCACUUUCAUCCUUCUGAUCAUCGUGGAUAGGGCAUUAGAAUCUUAGAAUUUUUUUUACCAAUGAAGGUAAGCAUGAAUCGAUCUUUCUUAUUUCUUUCAACAUAAGUACUUACCCGGUUCAUUGUUCAACAUUUGCAUUUCUUUCUUCAUCUCAUCUUCCAUGCAGAUCCAUCUGGUAUUCCCUUGAACAUUGCAACACCAGGUAUUAUCGGGCCAGGAGGCAUUAGUUCCAAGUUUGUGCAAGCCGUAAACUUCUCCAACCAAAUGUGGAAAGAUGCUCUCGCGCUGCCUGCCAAGAAGGAUGCAUUGAAGAUUACCGCUUUCGGCGUCCGCGACUCGUACAACAUCUACCAGCUAGCGAGCAAGCAAAAAGCUUAUGUGGAAUCAAGGAAGGGACAGGAGGAUCGGUAUACUACUCAUUUUAUGACUUGAUGCAUGUUGUAUUCUUGGUUGAUGAUGUGCAAUAGCAAGAUGUCCUAUCCUAUUCUAUCCUAUCCUAUCCUAUCCUAUCCUAUUCUAUCCUAUCCUAUCCUAUCCUAUCCUAAUAGCAAUAUCCUAAUAGCAAUAUCCUAAUAGCAAUAUCCUAAUAGCAAUAUCCUAAUAGCAAUAUCCUAAUAGCAAUAGCUACAUUCUUUUCUUACUUUUUUUUGAAUUUUUUGAAUAGUUGCUUUAGUUUCUUCUUUUCCAAACCUCUAGAAUUCAGUGAUUAUUGUUACUGGAAGUACGUGCUGAAAGAAUAGAUAUUGAUGUGAGAAAACUUGAUCGAUUUGUUUAUUUCAGCAUUGAGUUGUUUAUUAACAUGAUUUCUAAGUCGUACUAAAAGGAACCUCCAUUAUUAUUCUUCAACAGUUUCGCCGGCGAUGUUGCUGGUCAUGAGGCAUGGGCUAACGAAGCAGACGCGUGGAUGACCGCCACAAAAUUGAUCGCGUCCAAGAAAGUCGACAUUGUCUACAUCUCUGCUUCUACCACGGCGAAAAAGGACUACGCCCUAAAGUGCCUAGAGGGCGGCAAGAGCAUCAUUUAAGGUGGUGGUCAGCUUUUGUUUCUCAAAUCUCAGCGACAUUUCUAUCGUUCUUUCUCAGCGACAUUUCGGUCGGUACUGGUACCCUUUUGUAAUGGAUACUUUAAUCUGUUGACACGGUUCUACUCGGACCUACUUUGUCCCAGCAGGUGCGGCUUGGCCGCGAAGCGGUGGACCCUCAACCUUAACCCUAACCAUCCCUUGUAAUGUAUUCUGUACACGAGGACCUCGCGAGUGGGUACUUAGAGUGGAUACUUUAAAAAUGGUGGCACACCCUUUUGUAAUUGAAAUGUAUACUUAAAAUCUGUUUCAUCCCUUGACAACACUUCCGGCUUCGUCUUCUUGACCUUUUUCUCCUCCUUCGCUGUCUAAAUCACCGUGGAGAAGCCGUUUAUGAAGGCGAAUGAUGUUGCAGAAAUUGCCCAGAAGGCGAAGGAGAAGGGGUUGCUCUUCAUGGAUGGCACGAUGUUCGCGCACUCGCCAAGACUGUUGCACCUACGCAAGCACGUUCCGACGAAAUACCUCCUGCAGACUGAAGGCUCCUUCACUUAAGGCCGCUGGUUACGUAGAUUGGAAAUUCAUCUUUUAAUAUAAUGAACAAGUUGUAGGGGAGGUGAAUUGCAGAGACAUAACAUCGAACCAGAUGCAGAAGUAGUGGCUUGAAUAGUCAAAAGUAGUCACUAAUCGUACAUCAAGGGGAACAGCGUUUAACUAUUAAUGAAGUUGUAGGGGUAACAAGUAACAUCAACAUCUUGUCACAAGAUGACAAAUCAAAAUCCUUUUCUUAUAGGGGUCGUCCUCUAGAAAUCUUCUAAUGUACUCUGUAUCGUCCGUGGUGUGAGGACACGGCGGCGGGAAAAGCGCACGCAGAUUCCCGCGUCGAUCCUAAGUUGGAGCCUCAUGGUGCUCUCGGAGAUUUGGGCUGGUACAACAUUCGGUUUGCUCUCUGGGCUUACAACUGGGAAUUGCCGGAAACGGUGCACUGCAUUCCGACAUCGACAAAGGUAUGUUGGCAACUAAGUAUCUAUUUAGACAUCGACCAAGGUAUGCUGGCAACUAAGUAUCUAUUUAGACAUCGACCAAGGUAUGUUGGCAACUAAGUAUCUAUUGUCUUUAGUGAUCAUCCUAGUUAUAGUUUAGUAGUUGUACACCAUUUAGUGAAGAAGAUGCAACGACUCAUGGUGAUGAAGCGACCCAUGGUGGGGAAGAUCCUCCUAGUCUAGCAGUGUUCAUGUUGUAGAAGUCCCUUCAAUCAAUCGAUUAUAGCAUUAACUAGCAAAAAGACUAGUGACUUGGCUCUAAUGAUAUAUUUUUUUGUUUGAAGAGAUAGAAAGAUCUAUCUUGGUCUUCUUCGGUUCAAAACAUCAUUAUAAUUCUUUGUUGAAACAAGUCGAUUAUCGUUAUUCUUGUUGAAACAAGUCGAAUCUUUUGUAUCUACGUACUACUUACCUAAGCUUACGAAGAAGAUAUUUUAUUGGUUCUUAUCUCUUCUUCUCUAAUGCUGUCCGUGAACAACGGAGUGCCGCUUCAAGCCAGCGUGUUUAUGUCCUGGGAGAACAAGGAUGGCAACGCAAAGCUUCCGCGACGAUCUUCCAACUUUACUUAAGGCGACAACUACUCCUGCAAAUCAGCAUCUUUCAGUAGUCCCAGAAGAUGAGAUAGUCCUAGUUUACUUUUACCAUUGUCUUGUAGAGGAAGAGAAAUUUUUGCAAACAUAUUGGUCCUGUGGCCCUCCCGUUUUUCAAUGGGGAAUAAAGUGGGGGCCAACUUCUUUCUCCUCCCGUUUUUCAACGGGGAACCAUAAACUGUUUCUCAAGGGAAAACGGGGACCAGGACGAUACUCACUCAGAUAAAACGGGGAAUAGACCACGGGGACCAAGACCAUGUAAAAGUAAGUUCUAAUUUAGCUGCUCGUUUGUCACCGGUGAGGGUCAGCGACAGAGUUUUUUGCUGGGCGACUACGAGGAAUUUGACGUCUCUGGUAUCGUUUCCACUGAUCAGAAGAAGCAGUACUUGGUCGAAGUGGAGGACUUCAUCGUGGCGUCGAAUCCGGCGAUUACCAACCCAACUCCGCAAUCGAUCAAAAAUUAUGAUUUUCGGUUUUUGUUUUUUCUAGUUAGGUAUGCUCCACCAACGUUAUUAAGUAUGAUUGAGUUUGAGUAUAUUCCUUGAAGUAGAAUCCACUUGUUCCUUAAUAUUCUUCAUCCAAGGAUGAAGUGGAACAGUAAGCCGCGUUGAAGCCUCUAAGAAAGGACCACAUUCGCGUGGGGGCAAGGACCAUGGGCGAUAUUGAAGAAGAGCGAGAACAUCACCACCGAAGAAAAGUUUGGUGAAACCAACUGCAUGGCCAAUUUGCCUGAUGUCGUUCUCUGUUAUGAAGAAAAACCCCAACAGUACAGUGUACCCCAUUUGCGUAUUGGUAUUGUGCGAUGUCAAGUAGAAACACCUCCAACCUGCUAUUUGAUACGACAACAAAUCCAGGAGCAUCUAGAAGUACUUGUCUCGAGCGAUGAAGACUACUAGAUAGACACCAAGAAGAAGUUUCCCUGUCUGUAAAAUAAGGGUGAAGACGUGAUUGACAACAAGAAGAUGCUCUGAUGCCUCUGAUGUCUUACUGCAGAUGGAACAUUUAGGUAGAUCUUCACAACUAGAUCACAACUAGAUCACGACUAGAUGUAGAUUAAUGGUAUGGACCAUCGAUAACAUUUGUCCCAACAUCUACUAGAGGUAUGGACCAUCGAUAACAUUUGUCCCAACAUCUACUAGAGGUAUGGACCAUCGAGGAACAUUUGUCCCAACAUCUACUAGAGGUAUGGACCAUCGAGGAACAUUUGUCCCAACAUCUACUAGAUGACGACUACUUUUUCGUUCUAAUCCUGGGUAUCGAACUUCGCGAGAAUGCAUACGAUGAGGGUUCUUGACCCGGAAGAAACCCAUACACGCGACUCAUUGGCCGAUAUCGCUUCACAGACACCGACUAAGGACAUCACGACCACGCUCACCGUACCAAUGUUCUCCAACCACCCGAAGCACUUCCGAAACAUCUCCGCGGGAAUGAAAGCUGCCAGUUACCAGACUCAAUUUUAAGGCACACUCUUGCACUGUGCAGGCGUCGAUAAAGAAGAAGAUAUUUUUGAUAUAAUUAGAUUAUGUCUUAGACGUACUUAGAAACUUACUCCCAGUAGCCACGUCUCUACGGUCAUCGUGACUACUUAGCUACUUGUCCUCAAGCGAGUCAGAAGAGUUGAAACUCCUUCUAUUAUGUUGUCAGAAUUGAAUUGUGCAAUACUAGGGUUUUGAUAUGAGGUAUACAACAUACUAGGGAGUAAAGCUAAGGAUUUGUUCUUAUUUUUCGGUUUAUCAAAAGAACACUAAAUUUUUGUGAACCCCCUACUUCCGAGCUUCCUCUUCUAACAACUGGUUUUGGACGCCGCUUGUGAGAGCUUCAAGGAUGGGCAUGAACGUGUGUACAACAAGAAGGAGAAGAAAUACGUGUGCAAGCCUAGGGUCAUGGUCACAGGCAAUGGCGAAAUUGUGCGUACCAAAGAAGACCUGGCUGCGGCGAACCAAGGCUGCAGUUGUACCAUCAUGUAG